GAGAACCUUUGACGACGUUCUCGACUUCUGGAACCGUGCAGGGGGACGAUUUGCUGAUCUGAUUAUUCGUUGUUUAGAGUUGUUCCUUUUCAGACGGCCGUCUGCAAGUUGAAGCUGCUAAGCUGGUUCUGUGUCAGUCCCGGGAUCUGAUCUUUGGUUAGAACGUUUCCGUUUCUGUUUCCUCGCCGUGAAAUCAGUUGUCCAGUUUACUUCUUCCAAGAUGGACAGAAAGUCGUGCUGCGUUCCGUCUUCUGCGUUGUGGAAAGCAGAAGACGGGACAUCUUCACGACAGGCACCGUGGACAUCGCGCAAUCCGGAAAGGAGAAAUCGCUUCGUUGAUGAAGUCAGUUUAUCUCAAUCUUCGCUAUCUGUGAUCGACGAGACAAAAUAAGUACACCUUCAUAUGAGUGUGAAGACAGGACUCGGGCAAACUCGGGCUUUAUGGGUUCAAGUUCACCUUUAUCGGUGAAGAAUUGCUAAAUGUAUGUGAAGAUCGACAGUCUUUAGAUCCGCAAACCAACUUGGCAGUCAACAGAGGAGCUUGGUCAUACUUUUAGAAACACGGGUUCGAUUUAUUUACUCUCCAUAGAGUGUAUCGAAUCGAAUGAUGGUGCCGCUGCUUUCAAGGAUUUGACUUACGUAUCAUCUGCCUCUUUUCCAUCCAGUCUUUAAUGGGCUCCCUCGCAAGUCUCGCGAGGAGGAUCAGAUGCUCACACACCUCCAGCAACAUCUUAGCUCUCAUGGCAGCGAGUUUCUCGUAGUAAACACUGCAGCGAAAUUGUAGAGAAAGUUUUACAUGAAACUUCGGAGUGAAAGGACCCAUAUUAUACUCGCCUGGAAGAGGAAUUGCAGUAUAAAAUAUUGUACACCUAUAAUAGAUCUCACUGGUAUCGCUAG